AUGGCGAGCCCGCACAGUUCCGUGCCCCCAUUAGGCAUGACUGGUACAGCGCCUAAGAAGGCCACAAUGAAGCGCACGACCACUGCGCCAUGGACAGCUGCCGUGCAAGGGAACCGGGCAUCUGGAAAUACUUCACCUAUGGAUAGGGCCGGCGCAAGCCCACGUGUCAGCAGCGACAUUGCAAGCCCCAGGUCGCCCUCCACACCUACACAUGGCGCUACGAAAGUAGCGGUCCCAAAACCGAGUGGACUGUCUCACUCAGCCAAGCUGCAGGAACUGCAGAAGAAGUGGGAGCGGGAGAGAGGCAGAGAACCUACCAAGGUCGUUCCUAGCUUAGGAGGGCAGACUCCACGGGAACCGCGCAGCGACAGUGGAACUGGGGCUAAUGUCACCGGCGGAGCAAUAACAAGCAACGGUGUUAGCAAACCAAUCGUGGCUUCGCCAGUCCCCCUACCUACUUAUGCUUCCUCUGCUAAGCGUCCAGCCCCGGAGCUUGAUGAGCCACAGGAUGGGCCAUUGACCAAGCGACAACAUGUCGAAUCGGCUUCCACCAAACCACCGACUGACCAAGGCAGCUCAGAGCUCCAGCAUCAUGUUGAUAAGAUGGCACGAGAUGCUGAAGCAGUUCGGGCUUCGAAUAAGGUACCAGCCGAAAAGAACGAUAGGGGACGGAACUUGCCCGUAGAGGUCAUUGUAAAUGGACAGACCUAUAAAGUUAUCGAAUGGGCUGGGGAUCGGCGGUAUCUCGAUUACUACGCGGACAAUAGUGCAAUGCCCGAGUCUAGCUGCGGCGCGUUGCUGCCAAUAGGCUAUCGUACAUUGCCAGAAGCAAUCGCCAGGUUCAUAUGUCCUGUCCACAAUUGUCGAAAGAGACUUGAUACAAUCCAUGCACUUGGGGGUCAUUUCGCCCAAACCCACAGACGCAGAGCCUUCAAUGAUAACAAGUGUGGCACAAUCUCUGAAAUCGGGUUUUAUAAUUUCGAAGACUUCGCCAAAGGACCGGCCGUUAUUAUAUCGCAAAACGAGCUGCCUCCAGGAGCCCCUGCGCCAGCCGAGCCCACAAUGUCCGUCGCAAAUAUCCAACGGGCAGCGCGGCUGUCGACUGGCACCGGUACCGGUACCAGUACUAUUAGGCUGGACAUGUCAGAUUCGGAAAGAUCUAAAGAGCCCGAACUCGCAGACCUCAUGUCCCUUACGGCCCCCGGUGCAUCUACAGUACCUGCGGUCGCCCCCGUACCUGCGGACACAUCAUCGGAGGUCUUGGCAUACCUCCAUGGCUUCCUCCGCGAGGGACAUACAGUCCCUAAAAGAGAGGACAUUGCGUAUAUGCUGCAGCUGAAGCCUUUGCGGGAGCUACCUGGCGAAUGGCUGGCCGAACACGCAGGCAGCAUGGAGCUCGAUGUCAAGUUUUACGCAUGCGCUCUUGCAUACCUCGUGGGCGAUGAGGUUCAAGGUUCCGACAAGUGUAUGCAAGCCGAGAACAACAAGAACCGCUCUACGUGUCGGUUAUCGGCGUGCUGCAUCGCGCUUCCCUCAUUUAUGCCUAAAGAACUCAAAGAGAUCUUUAGUAAAGUCACUACGUGUGUUGGAUGUCGGUACUGGGCUCAUCUUCAGCGCCAGAGUAACCCUUGCGACUGGAACCCAAACCGCCGACAGCCUGGCACCAAACCGCGGAGGGGUGCGAAUCGGAAGUCAUCGAUUUAUGACGAGACCGGGACCGGGAGUGAUGAAAUGCCUCGAUCUCCGAGGUCAGGGUCUGAGGAUGUCGGCCAGGUGUCGAAGCCCACAUUGCCACCGCCAUCGUUACCUGCGCCCCAGAUGUUCGACGACACGAUGGAUGACUGGGAAGAAGCCCCUGGCAGGCUUCUCGUUGAGACCGCUACCGAGCCUUUAGGCAUCGCCUACUCUAACAUUUAUACAACAAGCGAGCAGUCAGUCGAUAUUGCUAACGACAUUGGCUUUAAUCGAGUGCGUCUGCACCCAGGCAAGUCGCAUUCCUGGCCCGCAGACUCUCACAAGAUUCGCAGCUGUGAGGUUGUUGCUGGCAAGAUCGACUGCAAAAUUGGCGACCAGUCAUUCACCCUCGGACACGGCGGCCUUUUUGUCAUACAUCCCGGCAAGGAAUGCAUGAUCCGAAACCACCGAUACUUUGAAGCGGGCAAGAAGAUGGCAACGCAGGCGCUGGAGUCCUCCUCACAGCCAACACCAAGCGAUGACUCUCCAUCUUCGAUAACGAAAACCCACACAAAAGAUUUACCGACAGACAAGUCAGCAUCCGGAGUCUCUGAGGAAUCGGAAAGAGCGACACGUUUCAUCAAGGAUCCUGACGGCGAUGAGACUCACGACCAGACCACGGUCGACAUCAUCACCGUGCCAUGCCCUGGAGGCGAUGCUCUCCGCAGCUGGAAUCGCGAUGGCCUCCUCGGUCGCUACUUUGGUGCUCCAGCCAUGCGCGACGCCGAGGGUGCGAGUGGCAAUCUGCAAGGUGCCUCGUGGGUGAGACAGGGAAUCCGUCGGGAGGCUAAUGUCGCGAGGAUUCUGCUGUAUGAGCACCCAGUUCUCGAGGAAGGGACGACAAUAGGCGACCUUGCAGACGCAUUACUAGAAGACUUGAGGGCAACAAGGGAUGAGAGCGCCAAUGGACAGCGACCCAUCGUCUUCAUCGCGCAUAGUCUAGGCGGUCUCGUGGUGAAAAUGCUCCUCGCGAAAGCGAGUCGCGACAACCGGUUUGAGGAUAUAUUGAGAGAUUGUUACGGAGUGGCAUUUUUCGGAACACCCCAUCAGGGCUCCAGUUACUUCUCGAUGCCAUCUCUCGCGCCUAGCAUCCAAAGUCUCCUCCAGCUCAAGCAGCCUUUGCCGCUGUCUAUCACGGUGGACUUGCGUCCAGGCAACUCACUGCUCCUCCGAGCUGAUGAAGCAUUCAAAGACAUUGCCCACGACCUCAGGGUGUGGACAUUGUACGAGACCAUCGACUCCAGGCUCAGCAGCAGCAGCAGCAGCGCAAGGGGCGACGAGGACAGAGACAAGAAGGACAAUCUUUACUUCACCGCAACGCUGGCCUCCAUCAAGUCAGCCAUCAUGGGCAUGCGACAAGAGAGGAUCUUCCCCCUGCAGAGCGACCAUGCAAAUGUGGCCUCGUUUGGUCGACAUAACGCGCACACUCUCAAGCUCUUCCUAAGACAGCUCGCUGGCCUCAUAGGGCGAGCGGACGCUAGCGUACGAGAUGACAAGAACAGCGGCGCAAAGUGGUCUCUCAAUCUGGAACAGAAAGUUGGCGUGGAGGUUCAUGGUUUCUUCGAUGAUGCGACCAUUGGCCAUGAUCCAGUCAUACGCGCGUGGUCGACAAAGUUGCCCCUCAAGGAGUUUCUUAUAAAGGGUCCCGAGGAGUGUUUACGCGAGAGGCUGAGUGAAGUUGAGGACGUCCCUGACGAACGACAGUUCUUGCGAAACAGAGGCCGGACUAUGUCCAUGACCGAGGCGGAAAAUGACCGGGUCAGGAGAGAGGCUGCUGCCAGAGAAGGGCUGGGUAUCAGGAACCAGCUUCUUCAGUCGUCGACGCCACCAAUCUCGCCCGUCCUCCGCCCUGUUGAUGCGUCGCCCGGAUCAGCCCCUGAAAUCGUGCCGACGUACCAACAGCACCAGCAGAUCAGACGUUUGUCGUCGCCACCACCCCCUCCCACCGCAGCUUACUAUCGCGUGCCCACGCCGUCUCGGCGGUCAACGCCUGUGAGACGCCCAUCACCGCUCAUCCGAGCAGAUCUUGAGCAGGAGGCGAUCAUAGACCGUCUUUCUCCGCCGUUGCGACCUCGCUCUGUAGGCAGUCUGGGCCGAUCGAUAAGUGACCAGUCCUCGCCCGGCGAAUAUCGCAACUUUCCGCCAUUUUUACCGGCGAGUCUCAGCAGUGCCGGAAACGAAGCACAUCAUGGAGCUGCUGACGACAACGAUGAUAUUGACUCCUCGACUCAACUACCGGAGGCGGUCGUUGCCAUCCGCAAGAGUGUCAAUUCGGGACAAAUAAAACCGCCCGACACAGCUGUAACGGACGAGGCUCCAGUCUGUUUUGCCAGGCCUGAUGUAAGCCAGCGCAAGAGAGCAUCAAUUUCCCCUCCACCAGCUUCUCCCAGCAUGGAAGACGCCAUCUCGCUAUGCCUGUUCCUACCCUAUCUACACUUUGACUCGUAUAAGCGUCUUAUUCAUCGAAGAUCCCUCAUACUGCAACGCUUGACCAGAGGCCGCGCGCGUCCUGUGCCGGAUAGUGUCGCCAAGUUGGACUCCCUGGAGGAACAGGUGGUUUGGGAGUUCCUGGGACAUGAUCCGCCGAUCAACUGUCGUCGGACGCUCGAUCAGUUUGGGUACCCUUCCCUCCGGGACACGCGUGGAAGAGAUGACGACCAGAUGCUUUAUAAGUUAACAAAAGAGAGGGAGAACCGCUAUGGCGAGCACCAGAGGGACAUGUAUGCUCAGUCACUGAAUAGUCGGUCGGCUUCGUAUGGAAGCCAUCGUAGCUGGCGCGAGAGGCUAGCAGGUUUGGACGAUUUGCAAGCCGAGCAGGAGCCGGAAGACGACACAAUUCGCAACGGUAACGUGCUCAUGGUCGAUCAGCUGUGGCUUUGGGUUAUGCACUCUCAUACACUCCUGUCAUUCUUCCCGAAGCGAGAGAGCGACCCUAUUGAAGGACCCCUGUAUCAACAGGCAGAUCUGCGCGAUAGUAUCUUCAACGAAGUGAACGUUGACUUGACCAGGCAGUGUGAGAAUGCGCUAGAUCUUGCUGCGCUUUCGGCACUCCACGCGGUCAGCGUGCUUCUCGACCGCGCUUCGCAUCCCGAUCUUGAAAUUUUCCGCAUCUUUGAGGAAGCCAUCAGUGUCUUGACAGAGAAAUUGACAAACUCCUUGAAGGCAUUCCGCCUGGAGGGAUUCAGAGACAAGGCCUCGGCAUACGAGCCCGUCGAGAACAAGGAGCGGUCGAUCCGCGCUCGCCACAAGGAAGAAGGCCAUCGUGCUGAGCGUGAGAACCGUGAUAACACCUCGGCACUCCUCGAGCUCCGCGAUCUCGAAGACGAGCUGCUCGUCUUGCUCCAACUCUUCGACCGCCAGUAUGCCGUCCUUUCCAGCAUGCUGACUGCCUAUGAUAGCCCGGCGCUCAGGGACAAGACAGCGCGCGGGCGAGGCUUCAUCGCAGAAGCCAUCCGCAGGGUUGGGGAGUACCGCCACCGAGCCGAUGAGAUGAUUGUGCGUGUCCGCGCCACCCGAGAUGACUACGACAAGCUUCUCCAGAUGGUGCAGCGGCAGGCCCAGGUCGACGAAGUCCGAUUGAGUCGCCUGCACGCCGAUCUUGCCAGUGCUCAGAGCCGGAGUGUCAUGAUAUUCACCGUGUUCACUGUUAUCUUCUUGCCACUCACCUUCUUCACGGGCUUGUUCGGCAUGAACACCCGUGAGUGGGAGGCCGAGACGCCCACGCUUGGAUUCAUCGGGUACGUGUCACUGCCAGCGAGCUUUGUCCUCGUUCUGGUCAGUUUCAUGACGGCCUUCAGCACGCAUACCCGAAAGGUGGUGCAGGCGAUCCGAUCAUGGGUCUACCACUGGCUUCGGGCGGCGCAUGAUCACACUCUUGGCCCUGCGGUCGAAGCCUAUAGACAGCGGCAAUACGAGGCGCAACGGAAGAAGAACAAGGGAGGGCGGGGCAAGGAGGACGGACGACGGGGCUUGAAGAAUGAAGCGAGUGACUUUUGGGAGCGUCAUAGGCUCGAGAGGGAGCAGGGGUAUCAGAUUCCAGAGGUCAAUCGCAGGGUCGUUCCGGGGAGAAAGACUGGGAAGAAGAAGGAUAGCAGGACGAGGUGA